ACCGCGGUUACUACUCAUCCGCUCCAUAAAAGAAGGGCGCUAACCAGGGCUGCAAUUAUUGCCAACACAUCUGUAGCCUUCCAGCACGACCCCCAGCUCAGAUGGCAGAGCAUUCUGUGAGAAGAGAGGAGUGAUAUACGUGUGUUCGAAGGAUGCCAUUACUCAACAUGAGUAUGAAUGACCUGUACAACCUUGUACAGAUACGUGAACUAACUGGAGAGCCUUAGUAAAUAUCCAGCACUGUGGACACACGCCAUACAAGCCACCAAUAGAUGAUUUCAAGGACAGAGAUCCUGACCACACUGCCCUCACCUCGAGCCUCAGCUAAUUUUCCUUUUUCUACAAUAUUGUUGUACAAUUAUUUACCCAGUUAAGAGUACCCCUCCACCCCCUCCUUCUGACACAGUACCCCUUGAAGGGGAAAUGCCUGUGUUGCUUAAUGCCAAUGCCACCUUCAGCUCCAAGCAGGAGCUCCUGGACGUUCAGGACUGCCCUCUCAGCGGAGGCCCCUCUCUGGACACCCCUAGCCCCCCAGACUCCCAGACAGGCAGCCCAGUAGGCUCAGCCCCGAGAAGUACUGGCAGCCCCGAAGAUGUCCCCAUUCGGCCCCAUAUUUUCACAGUGGCUUCCACAGCACCGGGGCAGCUAUACAGGGUCGACACGAGACCCACCCCGGAGGCUCCCUUGGGGUUAAAGCUGAUCUCAACCAAGGCGGAUCAGCUAUGUGGUUGGGGGGCCCUGACGCCCACAGCCAUCCAAGGGUUCAACACCCCUCGCUGGGUGCUGUUUUUCCUGUGCGUGGCUUCUUUCCUCCAAGGGAUGAUCAUCAACGGUUUCAUUAACACGGUGGUGACCUCCAUCGAGAGGCGCUUCGACCUGCGCAGCUACCAGGCAGGCCUCAUCGCGAGCAGCUACGACAUCGCCGCCUGCGUCUGCCUGGCGUUCGUCAGUUACUUCGGCGGGACAGGACACAAGCCUCGCUGGCUGGGGUGGGGGGUGCUGAUCAUGGCUGUGGGUUCUCUUGUGUUUGCCUUGCCUCACUUCACCACCCCCCUGUACCAAGUCAGUCUGACGGAGCCAACAGUCAUGUGCUCGGACAACCGCACCAGCCCGUGCCGGGACAAAGAGGGCGGGGGACUGUCCAGCUAUCGGUUUGUGUUCAUGCUGGGGCAGUUUCUACAUGGUGUGGGGGCCACGCCUCUCUACACACUGGGGGUCACAUACCUGGAUGAGAACGUCAAGUCCAACUAUGCACCUGUUUAUAUUGGGAUCUUCUACACGGCAGCCAUUGUGGGCCCAGCAGCGGGCUACCUGUUGGGGGGAUACUUCCUCAACAUGUACACUGAGAUCCACCUGAAGACAGAGAUGACUCCAGAUAACCCUCUGUGGGUGGGGGCCUGGUGGAUUGGAUUCCUGGCAGGAGGAGCAGCAGCUCUGCUGGUAGCAUUCCCCAUCCUGGGCUACCCACGACAGCUUCCUGGCUCUCAGGAGUACGUGGCCAUGCGGGUUUCUGAAGCCCACCAGCUGAAGGAUGGCAGCCACACCACAGCCGCAGACCCUCAGUUUGGAAAAUCAGUCAAAGACAUGCCAAGGUCCGUGCUGCUCCUCUUAAAGAACCCCCCCUUCCUGUUCCUGUGCCUGGCCGGGGCCACGGAGGCCACCCUCAUCGCAGGCAUGUCCACCUUUGGUCCAAAGUUCCUGGAGUCUCAGUUCAACCUCAGUGCAUCAGAAGCUGCAACAUGGUUCGGAUACAUGGUGGUACCAGCAGGCGGGGGGGGCACCUUCCUGGGCGGCUACAUAGUAAAGAGAAUGAACCUGCGCUGUCGAGGCAUCAUCCGUUUCUGCAUUGUGUGUGCCAUUGUAAGUCUCCUCGCCAUCUUCAUCUUCCUCAUCCACUGCCCCAACGUGCCAAUGGCCGGUGUCACAGCACCAUACAAGUACGACCUGAUGGAGAAACACCAGCUGGACCAGUACAGAGACUUGUACGACGAGCCCAGCCAGCUGCACCUCAGGAACAGCUCUUUGGAGGAGACCCUGACGGUGGGCUGUAAUGCCGGCUGUGGUUGUGUCAGAGAGCUUUACAACCCGGUGUGUGGGGCAGACGGUGUGAUGUACUACUCCCCCUGCCACGCUGGGUGCAGCUCCGUCAACCACACCGACCGCCUCACAGGCAAACAGGUGUACUCAGGAUGCAGCUGUGUGGUGGGAAAUGUGUCGAGGGCCGAGGAGGGCUUGGCUCUGAGAGGGAAGUGUGUAAGCUCCUGCCACCACAUGCCAGCCUUCCUCUCCUUCCUCUUCAUCAUCAUCUCCUUCACCUUCCUCUGUAGCAUCCCAGCACUCACCGCCACGCUCAGGUGUGUGCCGGACAGCCAGAGAUCCUUUGGACUGGGAAUCCAGUGGAUCGUAGUGCGCACCUUAGGUGGUAUCCCAGGACCCAUAGCCUUUGGCACUGUGAUCGACAUCUCCUGCUUGCUGUGGCAGGACAGGUGUGGCGAGCAGGGCUCCUGCUACCUAUAUCACAACUCAGCCAUGAGCCAGUACACACUGAUAGCUGGAAUUAUCUAUAAGGUUUUAGGGAUAAUCUUCUUCUUGUUAGCCAGCAUCCUGUACCAGCCCCCCCCUGAGUCGCCUCAGAGCAGCUGUGAGAGCACGGACCACGGGGGGGGGGAGCUGAGUGACCUGCCUGUCAAAGACCUGCCUGAAGACGGCGUCAUUGUCAACCUGCACGCCAGGUUAUGACCUCAGAGCCCCCCCCACCCCUGCGUCUCUGCCUGACUGUGUGUAUGCUUGUGUGUUUCUAGGUUCUGCAGUUUGUGAACGUGUGUUUGGGUGGUGAUGGGGGGUGCUUCCUUUGUACCAACAGCCUUCUCUCAGCCAUAAUGUCACCCCCCCAACAUACACAUGUGCAUGCAAACACAUGGAAUCACACAAAUGUACAAGAUAACUGAAAUACAGACACACAAACCACAAACAGCCCCAGGAUGCCUUCAUGCACAUCUCUCUCUCUCUCUCUCUCACACACAAACACACACACACACACACACACACACACAC